GCCAAACGGGGGUUUAGACGUCGUUACUCUCCGGCCGUCUAACGCUUACCGGUCCGACGCUUCGCCGUCUCGGCCACACAAAAAGUGCCGUCUACUGUGUCUCUGUGUGCGUAUAUAUACAUUGGCUCUCCAUUUCUGGCUUCAGCUCCCACAAAUCCGCGAGCUUGUUCUUUCUCUCUCUCUCUCGAUCUCUCUACUUCGUUGUUUUAAUCUCAGGGAAAUGGGAGAGGAGAAGUCCAAGCCCGCCGGCGGCGUCUGGCCGACUGUGAAGCCCUUCGUCAACGGAGGUUGCUCCGGCAUGCUCGCCACCUGCGCCGUGCAGCCCAUCGAUAUGAUCAAGGUGAGAAUCCAGUUGGGCCAGGGAUCAGCUGGCCAUGUUGCCAGGACUAUGUUGAAAAAUGAAGGGUUUGGUGCUUUCUAUAAGGGUCUGUCUGCUGGACUUCUUAGGCAAGCUACAUAUACAACUGCCCGGCUUGGAACAUUCAGAAUCCUAACAGACAAGGCUGUGACAGCCAAUAAUGGGAAGCCUUUGCCUCUAUACCAGAAGGCACUGUGUGGACUAACUGCAGGAGCAAUUGGAGCAUGUGUCGGCAGUCCUGCUGACUUGGCACUCAUCCGUAUGCAAGCCGAUGCGACCUUACCUGCUGCUCAGCGACGUCACUACAAAAAUGCCUUCCAUGCACUAUACCGCAUUGUUGCCGAUGAAGGCUUUCUAUCCCUUUGGAAGGGUGCUGGACCUACAGUUGUGAGGGCAAUGGCAUUGAACAUGGGGAUGCUUGCAUCUUAUGAUCAAACUGCAGAGUACCUUAAGGAUUCUAUUGGCUUGAAUGAGGUUCCCACUGUGAUAGGGGCUAGCGCGGUGUCAGGAUUCUUUGCUUCAGCUUGCAGCCUACCGUUUGAUUACGUAAAAACCCAAAUACAGAAGAUGCAACCAGAUUCUGCCGGGAAAUACCCCUACACUGGCUCUUUGGAUUGUGCUUUGAAAACACUCAAGGCCGGAGGGCCUUUAAAGUUCUACACUGGAUUCCCGGUGUACUGUGUUAGGAUUGCUCCUCAUGUCAUGUUGACAUGGAUAUUCCUCGACCAAAUCAAGAAGACUCAGAUGAAAUUGGGAUUAUAAAUUUUAAAUAUUCCCGUUAGGAAGAGAGAGUUCAAAAUUGGGGCUGUUCUAUAACAAUAUUAUUAAUAACAACUGCAUUGUUCUUUCUCAGUAGCAAUGGGAUUAUUCUUUCUCGUUUUUAGACUAAACCAUUUGGGUUUUCAGUAACUUUAUUCCUUUUGGUAAUAAGCUCCAAAGCUUAUUCUUUGAUCCUUUCACUUGUCCGUUUUGUGAUCAUGAGAAUUAUAGUAACUUUAUUUAUGCAUUGUUUUUAUCUUUGUUGAGGUUUGACAAUUCUUCUAGGUUAAAAAAUUCUUUCUUUCCAAAUAAUAUUCCCUCUUUUUGGGACAAUCCAUAAAGGAAAGUUGACAAA